AUGAACGCGUAUCAUCCUUUGAUGUUUCGCCAAAAUACCGACAAUCGGCGGAUCGGCGGUUUGUUACAGAAUUGUUCGUUGCUGUUCACUAGUAUAUGUCGUGUGAAAAUAUCUAAUUUACAAGUGUCCUGUGCUGCUUUUAUUUUAAUGCAUUCAGUAUUGAAAAACAGAAAGCAGAAACGAAAAGAAAGAAGAUGGUGGCAAACAAAUAUUUUUAAGAGCCGUAAUAUUUAUUGUGGAUCUACUUUAAUUAACGACCUCAGGUCUCAAGAAAUAAGCGGACAGUUUAACAAUUUUAUUCGGAUGUCAUCAAUUGACUUUGAACAUCUUAUUACCUUGAUUGGUCCUAAAAUUUCUAGGAUGGAUACAACAUUCCGAAAAGCAAUACCUGUACAAGAACGAUUGGCAGUAACCUUGAGGUAUUUAGCAACUGGGGAUUCAUAUACUAGUCUUCAAUACCUUUUCAAAAUAUCUCGACAAGUUAUUGGUCUAAUUAUGCCAGAAGUAUUUAAAGCAAUCGUAGAAGCCUUAAAGGAAAAUAUUCAGAAAGUUAAUAUUAUGGAUUUAAAUGACAAGGUAGACAUAAAAUAUUUAUUGGACUUUGACUUGCCAAGUGGUUCAGAAGCUAGUUUUUGUGACAGUGAUGACGAUAAUAAUUAA